ACAGUAUGCAAUUCAACAAAGUGGGGAUCUAUUACCGAUUUUAACUGAUACAAAUUGGCUGAGAAAAACAAUGCAUUAACAAUGCCAAAAAAAACAUCGUAAGGUAUUUGCUAAAGCAAGACGAUUAUUCGACAUUGUUAUACCUGGAAGUGAAAUCCCAGAAUAGUUCCCCCAUCAGAGGGAUGAAUCUUCAAUAAAGAUACCACUGCCUCCUAUAUUCGGAAUGAUAGUCAGUGGAUGGGAGUUGCUUUCUGCUGCAUUUUCGUCUUUCCCUUCAUUGCCGACGAUGUUUAUAGGGAGGAUAAAAUAAUGUGUAAAGCAGUUAUCCACGGUAGGAAUAUUCAACGAGUCGAUUGGAGUGGCUUUCUUUUGGGAGGAAAAUUUAGGCGGCCUGGCGUCAUUAAGGAGCACCUUUGGCUACGUUAUUAUUCUUGUGACAAUAUAUUUCCAUUUGAGUUGGAGGGAAAAUGUGGUAAAAUUGAGAAUUCGUUGAGCACAGAUUGGGCAAAUCAAGAAUGCAAUGAAAUUGAGUUCUCAAUCCAAUCUCCUCCUGGUGUCUCAUCUGCCAAAGUGGAAAAGUGUGGUGUUCGAAUAUUGUAUGGGAAAGAUUUGGAAAAUGGAAGAAAUACAAAACCAACACAGUAUUCCAACAAAUUGUGCAAAUCUUGACGAUAUCCAUCGAGACAAUGGUGGUGAUGAAGGGCCAACAGGGAAUGAUGGUGUCCUUGUAAAACGAAAACGUAACGUCUACGAGGAGGCAGCAGGACCAAGUGAUGAGAGUGAUAGCACUGAAGAGAGACCACACCGCAAACGCUUGGAAAAAAAUUUUAGACAUUAGAAUGGGGA